AUGUGCAAAAUUUUUACCACAACUCUACAAGACGAGGCGCAAGAUUGGUUUCACACUCUACCGCCACAAUCAAUCUGGAGUUUCAACGAACUUUCCUUUGUUUUCACUAAGGAGUAUUCGGCUAACCACUCAAUCAAAAGAACAUCCGACCAUCUCUUCAGCAUUGUAAAAGACCCUUGGGAGACAAUUCAUGAUUAUGUCAAGAGGUUCAAAGCAGAGAAAGCCAAGAUUGUUGGCUGCAACGAAGAUAUAGCAACAGCAGCAUUCAGAAAUGGGCUUCCUACCGAACAUGCUUUAUUUGAAAAUUUGAUCAUGGGAGAAGAACUGACCCUAGCAGCUUCGUAUACUUUGGCAGAAAAGCAUGCACUAUGGGACAAGGCUAAGCAGUCUAACAAAAACGAGUCAGAAAAGAAGCACAUGGAACAUUCCCGGACCAGAGAAGACUCAGCGCCCGAAACAUUCACAAAGUUCACAGUUCCAAUCGGCCAAAUUCUCUGCAAGCUCAAGAAUAGAACUGCUGUCACCCAUGAAAGGCAAUCUUACCAAGCUGGAUCAUACAAAGUAUUGCGCAUUCCAUCAAGGACCAGGCCACACUACCAAGGGCUGCCUGAAGUGGAAGCAGUACCUUGA